GAUGGGAUGGAGGGAAGAGGGACAGGCUUCUUCAGGUCCCGAGUUAGAGCCGGCUCCCAGAAGGCCCCCAGAUAGUAGUGAGCUUUCAGGCUGCAGAGAGGUCCUGUCUCUGCCCCUCCCAAUGGUUCUGCACAGGAAAUGAAAGUAAACACGGUGCUUACUGGGGAGCAGGAAACACCCCGGGGGACUCCACCAGAGGUGUCCCUGUAGAAUCGCAGCAUCCCUGACUGCACAUCCACUGCAUUGCGGGGCACUUUAGCUAGAACUGCAGUCCAUGCUGUCCUCAUUUCAGAGAAGAAGAAAUCGUGGUUUGGAGGGGUUAAGGGAACCCCCUCAAAGUCAUUUAGCUUGUAAGUGGCAGGGCAGCCCUACUCCACAGUGCUCUACUUAAGCUCUGUGCUGUGUGGCUCCCUGGUCUUGGAGGAGGGAGGUCAGGGUGGGAGAAGAAGCAGAGUCCUCCCACCACUCAAGGCCCUGGGACUAGAGUCCAUGCCCAGAACCCAUUGCCCAUCUGGGACUAUAGUUCCACACUGGGAGGAUCAUGGGGACCCAUCUUUCUCUGUUGCUUCCGCCCUCAGGAAGAGAAUCCUCUACAAGAGUGUGUGCCUGUCCCUGGCCCUGCUCGUGGCCAUAGCAGUAUUCCAGCGCAGUCUGACCCCCAGCCAGUUUCUGCAAGAGCCUCCACCACCCACCCUAGGGCCACAGAAGGUCCAGAAACCGAGUGGACACCUGUUGAACCCCAAUGACUUCUGGAAGAGAUCGAAGGAUUUGGUCACCCCCAUGCCCAUGGCCUCAUGGGGGCCUCAGGCCUGGGACGUGACCACCAUUAACUGCUCAGCCAAUAUAAACUUGACCCACCAGUCCUGGUUCCAGGGCCUGGAGCCACACUUCCAGCAGUUUCUGCUCUAUCGCCAUUGCCGAUACUUCCCCAUGCUGCUGAACCACCCGGAAAAGUGUGAUGGCGACGUCUACCUGCUGGUGGUUGUCAAGUCGGUCAUCACGCAGCAUGACCGCCGGGAGGCCAUCCGCCAGACCUGGGGCCUGGAGCAGGAGUCGGUGGGCAGGGGCCGAGGCGCCAGGCGCACCCUCUUCCUGCUGGGCACAGCCUCCAAGCAGGAGGAGCGCGCCCACUACCAGCAGCUGCUGGCCUACGAGGACCGCCUGUACGGCGACAUCCUGCAGUGGGACUUCCUUGACAGCUUCUUCAACCUGACCCUUAAGGAGAUCCACUUCCUCAAGUGGCUUGACAUCUACUGCCCCAGCGUCCGCUUCGUCUUCAAGGGCGAUGACGAUGUCUUCGUCAACCCCACCAACCUGCUGGAAUUCCUGGCUGAUCGGAGGCCGCAGGAGGACCUGUUUGUGGGUGAUGUCCUGCAGCACGCGCGGCCCAUCCGCAAGAAGGACAACAAGUACUACAUCCCCGGGGCUCUGUACAGCAAGGCCACCUACCCGCCCUACGCGGGCGGAGGUGGCUUUCUGAUGGCCGGAGGUCUUGCCCGGCGCCUGCAUCACGCCUGCGACACCGUGGAGCUUUACCCCAUUGAUGACGUCUUCCUGGGCAUGUGCCUGGAGGUGCUGGGCGUGCGUCCCACGGCCCAUGAGGGCUUCAAGACUUUCGGCAUCUCGCGGAACCGCAACAGCCGCAUGAAUAAGGAGCCGUGCUUUUUCCGCUCCAUGCUGGUCGUGCACAAGCUGCUGCCCGCCGAGCUGCUGGCCAUGUGGGGGCUGGUGCACGGCAACCUCACCUGCUCCCGCAAGCUCCAGGUACUCUGACCCUGGCCGGGCCACCAGCGUCAGCUGGAGCUGCAGUGCCAGGGCGGACGGAGCCUUUGGUCCCCUGCAGGGCAGUGGAGGGUCUGGGCCUUAUGUGCUUCUGGGUGUGGUGGGGCACAGGUAGCCAGAGGGGGCCUCCCUGUGUGGACACUCUCCAGAAAGAGGAGCCGAGGCCCAGGAAGUUUGGAACUGCCCAGACUGGAGAAGGUCACCGGGGGAGCGAGGCUGCUGGCAGCCCUCCUAACCUGGGUUCUUUGCCUCACUCUCUCUGCCCUGGGGAGGCCCCGGUGGCCUCUGAAGGAACCCCAUGCUCAGGUACCUGGGCUAGGCCAGGCCCUGGAUGGCUCUGUGGCUGCCCUCUUUUUUCACAGAAGAUUCUCCUCCGGUGAAAUGCCUCAAUCUCCCCACGGGCCCACCCAGCCCUUUCAGGAGCUCAACCCUGUGCAGGCUCACAGUGUGCCCUGCCCCAGUACAUGCCUCUGGGUCUCCUGGAGACAGAGCCUUAGAACACCCUCGGCAGCCCUCCCUUCCCCCAGACCUGCCUGGAGUUGGCUGCUCAGCCUCCCCUGCUCCCAGGUGGCUGCGUCCUGUGAUGUUCCAUCCCCUUCUGGAAGCAUAACCUGCCGCUCUGACUACCUCAGCGAUCCUCAGAACCUCGGGAUGGACAGCAGCCCCCACCCCACCUCUGACGCAGGGCCAAAGAGCAGUGCUCUGCCCCCUAAGUCAUGGUGCUGCCCGACCAGCCCUCGCCAAGGGUC